AUGAAGUUGGCGGCGGAAGACGUCGAGGACGACGAGAUGUUCGUCGACUGCGACGGCGACUUCGACGACGUCGAGAACGGAGCCUCGUCUUCUUCGCCCGGCAAAAAGUCGGAGCUCAAGCGACCCGACUUGAAAGGUUGCCUUUUUGAAGAAUUUUCCAGGAUCUUAUUCAAAAAGUAUACGCUUACCAUGCUCACCAAAAAUUUUCCUUUUAGAAGUCGAAAAAAAAAAUUCUCAUAAGAGUUUUUUCACACAGGUCUACGAAAUUUUCUCAAUGAUGGAGGAUAUUUGUUCUUAUACGGUAUACCACUCUUUCAUAUGAAAUCUCAUUGUAAACUUUUUUACUAUAAUGAAAAGAAAAGUGAGAGCAGAGAAAAAAUGAAAUAGAAAAGGUUCAGGAUCGGUAUAAACAAUAAUUUGAAGUUUUUGAGCAUUUUUCAAAAAAAUUCAAUAGUGCAGAGCUAUAUUUCUAGUUCAUCACAGUUUUCAUUCUUUUAUAAAUUAUUUUUGUUCAAUUAAAGAAAGAUAAAAAGCUUAUCGUUCACGAUUUUGUAGGAACGUUCCACUGCUCGGUCUGCGCCAAGGUCUUCUGUCAUUCUUCUUCGCUUUCUCGACAUCGAAUGCAAGCUCAUUUUCAAGAGCUACAAGUGCACCUUGUGUCCCAAGGACAUCACUAG